AUGGAAUAUUUUCUUCAAGAGAAAUUGAAAGUUGAAUACUUAAGAAGAGGAAAGUCACUUUUGGAAAGCCUCAUUCAGAAACCAUCUACUACAGAUGUAAAGGAACAAUUUGGAGCAUGGGAUUGGAAUAAUAAACAACUGAACGUUCAGAGUAGCCAUAAAAGAUCUGUUUGUGACGUGGAUGCCACCAUUUUUGUGGGUAGAGCACUUAAUAUUAUCUUGGGCAUUCUCUACCUUAGGGUUUAUUACAUGAUAAUGGAAGUGGUCCCCUACGUGUGGUUUUGUAAAGAAACUAAGUAA